CACACAAGGUAAAAAAUGGCUUCUUUUCAUGAUGCGUAAGAGUUUCGGGGUAACCAAGGUGAUGAAGAGGAAGUAGAUGUGAUAUUUGUGGAGCCUAUCGCCAUGAUAGUGCCACCGGAAUUGCAAGACUCGCCUAGAACUGCCACAUCGGAGAGUAGCGCUAGUUCGAGCGCGGGUGGUGGUUCUGAUGACCACUGGCCUUCAACGUCCAGCGAUUCGCCCAUGGAAAAGACACCCAGUGAAGCGGAGGGUGUUGAAGAGGUUGGGUGCAAUGUGCCGGCAAUGAGUACAGAAGCGGAGGUGGUUCUGUUUGAAGGGUGGGAGAGUAGGGUUCUUAGUGGAAGACUGGACAACCUUCGCAAGGCCCCCAAAACCCCACCUGCCGGCUUUAAGUUCAGGGCGGCACUGCAUCACGAAGUUGUAGAUGGUGCAGCCACAAUGAAAAGGUACAAGAAGUUAGAGGAGAUGGUGAGGCGAUACCAGAUCCCUAGGACCAUUUUGAUCCGAGCUAGAACACCAAACGAACGAGAGUGUUUAGUAUUGAGGACGGGCUGGGUGCCAAUAUACGUAGACCAUUUUGACGCCGGUCUACGUUUUCCUCUGCCUGGACUAAUUUUUGACGUCCUGGCAGAGUACAAGCUGGCCCUUCCGCAACUAACACCCAAUAGCAUAAAGUUUAUCAUAGGCUUUAUGCUGUUGUGUGAGAGGUUGGGGAUGCCCGCGAAGGCGGUGGUCUUCAGAAAUAAGGUGGCGAGGUGGAAGAGACAGUUCGUCUUCAUGUGCGAUACACGAAUAGAGAGAAUCAAUAAUGAGCUCGCUGCCCGUCUAUCAGAGUGGCGUACGCCCAACGCAUACAUGAACUACCCACAGUUGACAGUUGGUGAUGUCGACCUGAAGAACUGGCUGCUCGAUUAUGUGAAGGCGAGGGGUUUGGUGGAUUUGGAAGCCUUGGUUACCCCAGAGCAUAUUGCACUUCUAGGGUUUGUUGACGUGGCAAACCUUCACGGGGAAGCAUCCUUGAGAGGCAACGUCAACGAGCAUAAGGCUCGAGGAACUGUGGAGCUAGAUCCAGUUCCCAAUGUCAAACCCAUUUUGAUGAGCGGCCACCCGCAGCACCUGGAGGAUGACAUUCCCCUCAUCUGGCGGAGGAUGAGUACGGGGAACCGGCCCGUUCCAGCCACUGCAGCACGGCCUGCCAACGUGCCCCCAACGCCCGCUUGUGAGGUUGCUGAACCAACACAUGCCUCGCCGUCUGUGGCAAGGCCAAGGAUUGCAUAUCCUGAUGGCUUCAAUUACGUAAGAACUGACUGCCAGGCCGCAAUGCUGCAAGGAGUGCGAGUGCAGAACCGCGAGCUGGAACACAACUGCAAGCAACUGGCCUUUGAAAAAGCCAGUUUGGCUGACGAGGUUAGUCACUUGCAGAGCUUGGAGAUGACUAACCGAGUGGCGUCAGCAGAGAGCCGAGCUGACGAGUUGGCCCGUAAGGUCAAUGAGCUGAAGGAGGAGCUCGAAAAGGCUCAAGUGGAGAAGGAGACCAGCAUCCAAGCUGCCAAGGAGGAGGUCAGUCAUGCAGAGGAACGAGCUAGGAAGGUAGAGGCUGACAAAGAGAAAACUCUACACGAGCUGAGCGCCCUGAGAGAGAGGGUCUCACAAGCUGAUCAGCACGUCACCCGGGCUAAGGCGUCUUUGGAGAGGACGAAAUGGCUCCACCAACGCGAUGUUUGCUUUGCCCGUGCACAAGGGGCGAGUGGCUGGUGGGAGCAGAGAUGUUCCAGGACACCGUCACUGUUGCCUCGGCCAACACAACCACGGACAUUUUCAACGAGGUUCGUGGGAAGGUACUGCGAGUCCGGGCUAACUUCCCCAUCAGCGAGCUGGCCUUCUUCGAGGGUGAGGAGAUUGACAAAGAAGGGAAGAGCCUCGCCCAGCCAGCUGAUACUCAGGUGAGAUUGAAGAGGGAGCUCAAUGAAGAGGGGCUGCCCGU